AUGAGCGAAAUCGUCGCUACACUACCACAAGGAACACAAGUUGUACUAGAAGCGCAAUUGCUCACUUCUGAUGUCGAUCAUACUAUUGAAGAGGUUCGACAGGAAGUUUUUCAACGGCAAAUUGGAGGCCUGACCUGCGGGGGUGCGUCACGAUCAUCAAACCGAACACUUUUCUGCCGUAAAUGCGAGGGACAUGGACAACAAGUCGUGCUCAAAGGACAUGCGAGCAGAUGUCCAUUCAACAAUUGCAGUUGCAAGACAUGUACAAAUGUCAUGUCGAUGCGUGCAAACGCUAUCAUCAGAAGAUAUCGUACCAGAACUUUGGAAGGAGGAUUGGUAUUGAAGCCGGUGCAUUUCAAGAACGGAAACACCAGAUUGAGAGUAUUCCCGAAGAACAUCGAUGAGAAAGACGCUGUCACUAUCCAUUUCAACAACAAGAAUGGAAGUAAUGGACAGAAUCAAGGAGACAUGCAGAUGGAAGUUGGAGCCUACCAACAAAAUUCACCACCAGCCACUGCUAUCCCUGACUCUGGGAAUUCUCAAAAUCCAUUUGCAGUGAAAAGAAGUCAAUCGGAUCAAGAACUUGAUAGAAAGAAUGGAGGUACACCAACCAUUGUAGAGCAAGCAAGACAAGUUCAACAGGCAUUGGGACAACCGACGUUUGGAUUGGAGACAUCACCACCGCCACCAGUCUCCAAUGGAGCACAACAACCACCUCCAUUGAACUUGUUGGCUGACCUUUCAUUGUUGACUCCAGAAGCGAUCACAGCUAUCAAGAAUCUUUUCUCCGGUCAACUACAAUCGAAUGAGACCGUUCCAACUACAGCUCCAACUCCAACAAUCUUCGAUAAUUCUAGUUUGUUCUCCAGCUUUACAAUGCCAAACGGAUGUACCUACACAUCUGCAAGCUUGAAUGGAAAUUCGAUGAUGAUGACUCCAGAAGUACACACAUCUUCAUCAAAUGGAAUGUUCUCGUUUGAUGAUAUUGAGAGAAAGGUAUCCGACACUUCUUCAAUCAUCAAUCCAGCUGUAUCUCAACUCGAUAAUCUGAACAUCGCGGUGACUGUCAACAGCCCAACUUUUGUGACUGAAACUGCACCAAACCUGACACCACAAAUGUUUAAUGCCAGCUGUUCCCUCAACUCCAACGGAGAUCAAUCACCACCAGAGAUCAAGUUGAAAGACAUGAUUCACGAGUCACUCGGACAGCAGAACUUGCUCAUUUCAUCGGAUGCUCCAUCCCGUAACCAUCCCAACUUCCAAAUGUUCCUCGACUGUGUCUGCAGUCUGGAGAAGACGAUGCUGUUCGCCGGAGGAGCCAUAAUGAGUGCCUGA